GAACGUUGAGUAUAUUUCUACAAGGAACUAAACAAGAGGACGGUUGUGUAAGACAUAACUUUGCUGCAAGUAGUGUUACCCACGUGAUCGUCAUGCAUAUCUCUUCGUUAGAAAAGCCUGAUAAAUCCAUAAACGGAAAGCCACAGUCUAAAUACAAGAGAGAGAUUGUCUGGAGAAAUGUAUUCGCCCAUCUGAUGAUUCAUCUUAUGGGACUAUACGGAUUGUAUGUUUUUAUUGUAUCUGCAAAAAUCCUUACUUGUGCAUAUGCUUUUAUGAUGUUAAUUGGCACGGGAAUGGGAGUCACAAUAGGCGCUCACCGUUUCUUCACUCAUCAGUCCUUCAAAGCGAAUUUUCCAUUCCGGUGUGUGAUGGCAGCAAUGUUCACCAUGUCAGGAGAGAACUCCAUCUGCACAUGGGUGCGUGAUCACCGCCAACACCACAAAUACACGGACACAGAUGCCGAUCCCCAUAAUUCUACACGAGGAUUCUUCUUCUCCCACUGCGGCUGGCUUAUGGUGCGCAAACACCCGGAGGUUAUCGAAAAAGGAAAAACUAUCGACAUCUCUGAUCUCAUGGCAGAUCCAGUUGUAAGGUUCCAGGAGAAGCAUUACGUCUUGCUCUACAUUGCACUGAAUACCGCGGCCAUCAUGGUGCCAUAUCUGCUAUGGGGCGAGUCACUCCAAGUGUCCUUUUGGACUACCUACGCAUUGCGGAUUACGUUCGUAUACAACUCUUCAUGGCUGGUGAACAGUCUAGCUCACUUACACGGCAUUAAACCCUACAACAAGAAGAUUAAAGCUGUGGAGAAUCUCCUUGUAUCGCUUCUAACAGGAGGAGAAGGUUGGCACAACUUCCACCAUAUAUUUCCGUCAGAUUAUCGUGCAGCAGAAUAUGGAAAAGCUUACGAUUUAAGCACCAUAUUAUUAGACUCAAUGGAGAAGUUAGGCUUGGUGUAUGAUCUCAGACUGACACCCCAGCACUUGGUGAACAAGUGGGCUAAGAAUUUCGGUGAUGGUAGUCAUCCACUGGGAGGAGAAGAGGAAGUUACACUGGCAACACAAGACACUCCAUUAAGCACCAACAAACAUCUUUAAAUUCUAAAGAUGAAACCAUUAUGUAAAGCGUAAAAAAAUUAAAAUCGAAGUAAGAGAUGGAAAUAGUAAUUGUGUUGCUGUCCGAAGAACAAAUAUAUUUAUUCUGUGACUUUUAAUGAAUGAAUCAUUUGAGAAAUGCAGCAGAUUCACAAAAGUAAAACAGUUCCUGUGAAAGGCGCCCUUCUUCCCUGCAUUUCUCAGGAAAACAGCAAAAAGCAACGUGUGGUAAAGGUUAUAAUUUUUAUUUCUAUUCGGCUAUGUUAUUUACUACAAAACUAUUUUCAAUACUUCUAAGCUAUACUGAAACUUUUCAGUGGAACUAUGAUAUAAUUAGUAAUUAGUAGUUCGUAAUCAAAAGAUGUGGAUUCCAAAUUUCUUGAAAUUUUAUGAUGAUAAUAUUAGAAUAAAUUAAAAUAUAAUCUGCUUAUAAGA